AAAAGAAAGAAAAAAAAAAAAAGAGAAAGACCUCAACAAACCUUUUAUUUUAUUUUAUUCAUUUGUUAUUUACCCCUGGCUGGCCCAGCUUAAGUUUGGAACAUCAAAAAAUAUAUAAAUUUAUGCCAUGACUACCAAUAUAUCAAACACAGCAUAUGCAUUUUCAAAUGAUGUAAAAAAACAAAUCAGUAUUCAAGAGUUACGUGUUAUAGCUGAAGAAGAAAGAAAAGAAAGACAAAGACUUGUUGAAAUCCAUAGAAAUUAUUUAUUAAAAGAACUCUUUUUGUUAACAAAAAAUAAAGAAGAUGUAAUGGACUUUUUGAAUGGAAAUGAAAAAUUAUGUACAAGCAAAUUUCCUUUAGACAAGACCGAAAAUGUCACUUCACUUGAAAUCAAUAAUGUAUCAAUAUUAACCCAAAAAGAUGAAAAAUUAGUAUUGUCUGACUCAAAUUUGUUGCCAUUUAAACGAAAUAUGCCAAUCAAAUAUUUGACAACUACAUUACCUAGGCAACCUGAAUCAAAGCUUUAUCCUGUUCAAAUCUAUAAUGGCUAUAAAUUUGUUGAUCGACGUAAUAAUAAACCAUCGGAUUUUGAUCUCUAUGCCUGGAAACUGAAGGCUCAAUCACAACCCUUAUAUAAGCAACUUCAGCAAGCAAGGAAAGUCUUGACUACACAGGAUUGGAUGUUAGCAAGAGAUCAAUUAAAAUCAAUGAAAAUAAUUUCAAAUAUAGAAGACUUAAAGAAAAAGAAUUUGUGGAGUCAAAGACAAUUAAAACGUCAAAAGACUAUACCAAGAACAAAAACACAUUGGGAUUUACUGAUAGAUGAAAUGAAAUGGAUGAGGACUGAUUUCAAAGAAGAAAGAAAAUGGAAAUUAGCAAAUGCUUAUGUAAUAUCACAAGCAGUACUUGAAUGGCAUAAAAUGGAAGAUAAGUCUAUUGUAUGUAUUAAGACGAGAAAACCUACCUUUUUAAAUGAGAAAUCCGAAAGAAGUAAAGAACUAAUUGAGGAGUAUAUAAUGAAAGGAGAGGAUAUGGAUAAUAAUGAUAAUACAACAAUAAUUAAAACUGACAUAGGAAUGACUGAUGUUGAUAUGACUUCAAAUCAAGCAAUAAGAUUUGCUUGCUUAUCAAUGAAUGAUGUUGAUGAUGAAGAGGACGAUGAAGAUGAAUUAUCAAAUACAAUUUCAUCAGAAGUAAUGAAGGACUAUUAUCAACUUAUUCAAGAUUUAUCUCAAUAUCAACCUACUAUAACUUUACUUGAUGAAAGUCAUGAUAUACUUUCUAUAUUCCCCGAAUUAUUGCUCUAUACUGCACCAGAUGCUAGUUGUAUUGGGAAUGAUCCAUACAUCGAUGAAACUGAAUACACUCGAAUUGUACCAUUUAAAUUAUCUUCUCAACGAUAUAUAAUUCAGGAUACUAAUAAGCGGAGAAGAAUAUCGAGACAUGGAAACUUAAGGAUGGCCGACAGAUUAGAAAUUGAGGAGGAAAUCAGACUAUUGCCUGAUCUUCAACGUUAUAACAAUUCAUUACAAAUAGCUCCAUUAUUUUCACUAGAAGAUAUAACAGAUAUACCAUUAGUCCAGCCAUCUAGUAUACCAACUCAUUUUACUCCUGGUAUUAAAACUAUAAGCACAUGGUCUGAAGAAGAUGAUUUAUGUUUAAUGCAAUUAAGUACACAAUACUCGCUUAAUUGGGAUUUAAUUUGUGAUGCACUUAAUGCAACCAGAGUGCCUCUUGGUGGAGAAAAGCGUACACCAUGGGAUUGUCAAGAGCGAUGGAAGCAGCAUCGUUUAUUAGCAGAGCAAGAAAAUUCAGAUUAUGCUUCAGAGCUAAAGAGUAAUUUAUCAAGAAGACUCCUAUUAACAAAGUUAGACUCUGUAAAGAAAAGACAAAGACAAUAUAAUAUUUUUGAAGCUAUCAAGAAAAUUCAAAAGAAAAGAGAAGAUAAUUUCAAAUCAAAAGUAAGUCCAACAUCUAUUCCACGAAAUAUUAUAGAGACGCAUGGUAUGAGCUCGCAAGGACAAAGAUUGCCUUCUGCCAUGGAACUUAGUUUGCAUAAAGCUCAAAGAGAAAGACAAAUGGCUCAAGCACUUAUUGAGCAGCGUCAACUAUCUACUAGCUUUAUUAAUUCACAUCCAAUGAUGAACGGCGUACCUGGUACACAGCCUGCAUCUCAAAUGAGAGCCCCUGCAGUAGUCAAUUCGAACACAACAUCUACUGCAAUUGCUGUAGCUGCUGCUGCUGCUACUGCUGCUGCUGCUGCUGCUACUUCGGGAAGAAGUAGUCUAUUUAGACCUCCAUUACAACAGCAACCUUUCCAACAACAAAUUUUGAUCCAGCAACAACAACAACAAACUGCUGUAUUAGCACAAACACAAACACAAACGCAAACGCAAACGCAAGCACAACCACAAGUAGCUGUAGCUACUACUGUUCAACAAAAGCAACAACAACCACUUCAACCAGUAGUAGCACUUUCAUCUCAGUCUCAAGUCCAACCUACCACACCACCAAUUCCAGCAUUACAGACAUCUGUAAUGAUACCUCCACAACCAACAAACGAUAACGGAGGAAUGACUAAUCAUUUACAAGCUAAUAGAUACCCUGCUGCACAAUUUCAAUUAUUUCGUCAACAACAAAUGGCAUUAAUGGCAGCAGCUGUAGCUCAACAACAAGGGCAAAUUCGACCCAAUACUCAACAAAGAUUUUCGAGUGCUUUAGCUGCUCAAACUACAAUUCAAGGAUCAUCAUCACCUCCUGCUGCAGAAAAUGGUCAACAACAGCAAACAACCAUUGCUUUGGCAGCGCAACUAGCCCAACUUGGAUACCCACAACAAGUCAAUCUACAAAGAUAUCUUGCACAAUUACAGAUGCGUCAGAAUACCAAUACAACUCAACCGCCCCACAUUUUAAAUACUUUAACUCCUCAACAACAGCAACAGCUAUUACUUCAACAACAACAACGAUUACAGGCUAUUCAAUUACAACAACAGUUACAAUUGCAACAGCAGUUGCAGUUACAACAACAAUUACAACAAACAUCACCUCAACAAUCAGCCAAUAGUACUUUAAGCCCUGUACAUCAGCCAUCCAAUAACAGUAAUAAUAAUGGAAUUUUAUAAUAACAAUAAUAAUAAAUGACUUUAUUA